AUGCAGGCACUCUCUCUCCCUCCUGCGAGCCGGCCGGGGAAGCUCGUUGCUUUCCUCGCCCGUGACGGCUGCUGCCCUCGUAACCCUGGCAGUGACGCCGAGCAGCGUCGUCAAAUACGGGGUGCAGCGUCCCCCACCACGCGGCGCGUUAACUCUUCGUUCACCCUGCGGCGCCACAGGCCUCGCCGCGACAUGACGUCACCGCGGCGCGCAUGCCUAACACUCUCACCGGGCAACCGCCUCCCAAAAUCGGUCAACGCCGUCUGCGCCGCCGCGCGCUACCACUACGUCACCGUCCUCAUGAAGGGCGAGGCGGAGCCGGGGGCGGAGCCGCGCAACCGCGAGCCCGAGAAGAACGAGGGUUGGGAAUGGGUUAAAUGGGACGAAUUCCCUCCAGCGGAUCAACUGUUCUGGGCCUUACGCUGCUUAAGAGAGCAAGGUUACAAUCCUUUUACAGAAGAGCUCGAUCAUCUAAAGGGGUACACGGGAAGUCACCAACUAGCGUAA